AUACUGGAAGAGGAGGCUACCUCCACUGGAGUUCUCAGCACACAGACUGAUCUACUAGUUUUAUGGCAGGCAGGAUCUGUCCUGAGGAAAGAGGGCAGUGUUAAUUAUCACUCUUCUAGCAAUGUAGCUGGUAGUUCUCCACCACUGGUCUGCAGGAGAGAUUUUGCACAGAAGCUAGCCAGUGCCCUAGCCCAUAAUCCCAACUCAGGACUCCAUACGAUCAACCUUGCAAGCAAUCCUCUCGAAGACAGAGGUGUGUCAUCUUUGAGCAUCCAGUUCGCCAAACUUCCAAAGGGACUGAAACAUUUAAAUUUAUCUAAAACCUCCUUGUCGCCUAAAGGAGUGAAUAGCCUUUCCCAGUCACUGAGUGCCAACUCGCUGAUCGCAAACACACUUGUCUAUCUUGACCUCUCAGGGAAUGCACUCCGCGGGGAUGAUCUCUCAAGCCUGUACAAUUUUUUGGCCCAGCCAAAUGCCCUUGUUCAUCUGGAUUUAUCCAACACGGAGUGUGCGCUAGAUAUGGUGUGUGGAGCCCUUCUUCGUGGAUGUCUUCAGCAUCUAGCUGUUCUUAGCCUCUCUAGAACUCUCUUUUCUCACAGAAAAGGAAAAGAAGUUCCUCCCUCCUUCAAACAGUUUUUCAGCAGCUCACUUGCUUUGAUGCAGAUUAAUCUUUCGGGAACUAAACUCCCUCCUGAGCCUCUGAAAGCGCUUUUAUUAGGCCUGGCUUGCAAUCACAAUCUGAAGGAGGUGGCUUUAGAUCUCAGUAGCUGUGAGUUAAGAUCGGGAGGUGCACAAGUCUUGGAAGGAUGCAUAGCAGAAAUACACAAUAUCACCAGCCUAGAUAUUUCAGACAAUGGCCUAGAAUCUGACCUCUCAACCCUUGUAGUCUGGCUUAGUAAAAACCGAUCGAUAAGACACUUGGCAUUAGGCAAAAACUUUAACAACAUGAAAUCCAAAAAUCUCACUCCAGUACUUGAUAAUUUAGUUCAGAUGAUUCAAGACGAGGAUUCACCUCUGCAGUCAUUGUCCCUCGCAGAUUCCAAGCUGAAGACUGAGGUCACUAUCAUUAUUAAUGCCUUGGGCAGCAAUACUUCACUUACAAAAGUGGAUAUUAGUGGAAAUGCCAUGGGAGAUAUGGGAGCAAAGAUGCUGGCAAAAGCCCUACAGAUAAACACCAAGCUCAGAACUGUAAUAUGGGACAAGAAUAACAUCACUGCGCAGGGCUUCCAGGACAUAGCUGUGGCACUGGAAAAAAAUUAUACUUUGAGAUUCAUGCCUAUACCAAUGAAUGAUGCUUCCCAAGCACUCAAAACAAACCCUGAGAAAACAGAAGAGGCACUGCAAAAGAUAGAAAACUAUUUGCUUCGUAAUCACGAGACCAGAAAGUACCUCCAGGAGCAAGCGUACCGGCUGCAGCAAGGCAUUGUCACUAGUACCACUCAGCAGAUGAUUGACAGAAUAUGUGUAAAAGUACAAGAUCAUCUCAACUCUUUAAGAAACUGUGGUGUGGAUGCUGUACAGGAAGAUGUCAAAUCUGCAGAACGGCUUAUGCGGGAUGCAAAGAACUCCAAAACACUCUUACCAAAUCUGUACCACCUCGGUGGAGCUUCUUGGGCGGGAGCAAAUGGUUCACUCUCCAAUCCAAUCCAAGAGACGCUUGAAUCCAUGGCUGGAGAAGUCACAAGGGUUGUGGAUGAGCAACUUAAGACGCUGCUGGAAUCUAUGGUGGAUGCAGCGGAGAACCUUUGCCCAAAUGUAAUGAAGAAAGCUCGCAUCCGUGAAGAUCUGAUUGAGGCUAGCACUGAGAAGAUUUCCAUCCCACGCACUUUUGUGAAAAAUGUCCUGUUGGAGCAAUCUGGAGUUGAUAUCCUCAAUAAAAUUAGUGAAGUAAAGCUGACAGUGGCUUCUUUCCUGUCUGACCGAGUUGUAGAUGAAAUCCUGGAUGCACUUUCCCAUUGCCAUCACAAACUGGUGAAUCUAAAACUAAAAAUGCCAUCGGGAUGCAACAUUGAGUCGUUAGUUAAGAACAGUGCCAGUGCUUGUCCUGGUGAGAUGUCACUGGAAAUUGAGUUAGCUGAAGAAAAACCAACUAAACGCUCUAUCAUCACGGUUGAGGAGUUGACAGAGAUAGAACGUUUGGAGGAUCUGGAUACUUGUAUGAUGACUCCUAAAUCAAAAAGGAAAAGCAUCCACAGUAGAAUGCUCCGGCCAGUGUCCAGAGCUUUUGAAAUGGAAUUUGAUCUAGAUAAAGCACUGGAAGAAGUACCUAUCCAUAUAGAAGACCCACCAUUUCCUUCCAGCAGGCCGGACAAACGAACUUCUGGAUUCAUUUCAGAGCUACCAUCAGAAGAAGGGAGAAAACUGGAACACUUUACAAAGUUAAGGCCCAAAAGGAAUAAAAAGCAGCAGCCCAGCCAAGCAGCAGUGUCUGCUGGAGUGCCUCCAGAAGGGGAUCAGAAUGGUCUCAUGGGGAGAGUGGAUGAAGGUGUGGAUGAAUUUUUCACUAAGAAAGUGACAAAAAUGGAUUCAAAGAGACCAUCAACUAAAAGUUCAGACAGCAGUGAGCCCAGUGAAACAGGUGAUGAGAAGAAGAAAAGGGACUCAAGGAAGAGCGGCUUCCUUAACUUAAUCAAAUCAAGAGGCUCCAAAUCUGAACGUCCCCAGACUGUGUCGGUGGCAGAAGAGCCCUCCUCACCCAAGGUUGCUGCAAAAAGUCCAGCUGUGGACACAAGCAAGAAGGAGGUAAAGCCUGCAGAGCAGAAUGGUGGUACAGAGCGAUCCGAGGAAUUAAAGACACCAGACUCGCUGGAGGAGGCACAGCCAGACGAUGCUGCAAAAGCUGAGAGGGGUGACAGCAAAGGAAGCCCACAAGGAGGCCGGAGGUAUGGCGUGCAGGUGAUGGGCAGUGGACUUCUCGCGGAAAUGAAAGCCAAGCAGGAGAAGAGAGCAGCCUCUGCUCAGAAGAAACUUGGGAAUGACACAACUCCCAGAGAGUCUUUUGACACGGCGACAAGCUCAGAACGACUGGAUGGAAGUGGUACAGUGCCUAAACUCCAGCAGACCCUUCCAGAGAGUCGGUUUGCCUCAAGUAAAGGUGAUUCCAUCUCAGCAUCAUCAGAAAAAAAUUCAAAAGCUGAACCAAAGGCAGAAGCUGGUGCAAAGGCAAGAAGCUCUUCCAAUACACCGACCAGCCCAAAACCCCCACUGCAGUCAACAAAGCCCAGCCUGGCAGGACGACCCACAGUGCCGCAGAAACCGCGCUCUGCCUCUCGUACUGAGGAUGCUCCAGAGUCUCCCUCCGGCCCCAGUUCCCCAAAAGUUGCCCUGCUUCCACCUGUGCUGAAGAAAGUUCCUUCUGAUAAAGAAAAGGAUGGUCAGAGCAGCCCCACAGUCAGAUCAUUUUCUCAAGAAGCUGUGAAAAGAAGCCCUGGGCAGCAGUCCCACGAGUUCCAGGAAGUGAAGCAGAGAUCCUUGAGCAAAGACGGCCAUCAGGGAAGCAAGUCCAGUGACUCUGGCGAAGAAGCGGAUAAAGAUUUUAUUUUUGUUUAGCAAUCAGUACAAGUGCUUCGUAGUGCAAGAGCUUUUUGUAACAAUCAGGGUAAGGCAAUCAACAGCCCUUCUAGCCAGCUGCUCUUUCACCACAGGUACAUUUCCAUGCAGAAAACCUGAUCUUCCAAUCGUGAUUUCCAGUACACUCACUUGGCAUCGAUUCGGUCCUUAAUUCCAGUUCUGUACAAUGCAGACGUUCCUUUCCACGCCUUUGCUAAAGCCAGCGAUUCCUUCAUGUAUUCUACUUGAAUUUCUCUGAAGCAGCUACAAAGAGUGCCCUGCAUUAGGGCAGUUAGAGAGCAAAGCAAAUUAACUGGACCGUCUUACAGUAAUACACUGCACAGCAGGUAAUGUGUUGUACUGCUGAAUGUAAAUGUGUCAAAUCUGCACGUGACUUACCUAUAAAUAUAUCCUUGCAGUAUGCAAUUGCACAUUGUAAUUAUAUGAAAAGAGCACACUAAUAAAAUAAUUUGUAUAGAUUAUAUAUAUUAAAUGCUUGGGUAUGGUUUUUACAUUCUCCCAUAGGGAGCUUCUUUCUUCCUGUUCCCGUACUGUACAUAAAGCUCCAACGCUUACAUUUGUGUACCGUCAAAAAAGCACAACAGAGAAAGAUUUGGAUGACGUAAAAUCAUGGUAUGCUUCCACAUUCAUGUAUUGAUGUAUAUAGUUGGUUGGAAUGAGGGCAAUUGAAAUUUUAUUAAUAUUGGUGUUUUCUAGAGGCCUUCUUCAGUUCUGUCUGCAUAUUAGCUUCCUUUCAAUGUGUAAUUCUACCAGAGAAAUAGUUUGACAUCUGUAAAAACAUUUGAGCUUUUGAGGGAGGGGGUGCACAUUUCACAGCUACCCACUUACGUAACGGGUCGAAGGGAUUUUAUUCAUAUGUAUAUUUGUAACAAUAAAAAAUGAUUUUACAACUGAAA